AUGCCCGAAUGUUACGUAUUCUCUGCUCUUGCCAAUAACCAGGACGAAAUCGGAACUUGCAAGCUGUAUAACAAGGGCUCUUUCCAGACUGCACGAUGUGGAGAUGAUACCCACGACUACGCAUAUAUCACAGCUCCCCCAGCAAUAGAAUCGGCCGAUCGUGCAGCUGUCGUGUGUGCUACAGAGUGUCCCGGCUCCGACGGCCAGCAGUACGAGAGUAAAGGCGGCGAGCUCUUCCAUAUUGACUGUGCCAAGCGACAUGGAACCCAGGUCAUUCUUGAAGACACGCAGGAAACCUUCAAGGACUGCAUAGAUGCCUGCUCUAGAUUUAUUCCCUGCCACAGCGUCGAUUACCACACCAGUAGCAAAACUUGCUACUAUAGCAAUCAUCAUGGAGAGCCUGAGAUUGUCGCAUCGGGUUUCCAAAGUGCUCAUUCGCAGGGCUGUUCUGGAGCAUGUAAAAAUCAGCAUAUGGGGACCUGCUGUGAUGACCAGGUGAACAGUGGUCAAGAAGCUGGCAUAGCUUAG